AUGGCGACAGCCUCGAACACUCUACUGCUGCCUCCACCGUUGGGACUCCUCUCCCCCCCGUCUGGACUCUACUCCACCCCUCCCGCCAUCCAGCCGCCGCCUCCCCCAGCACCACCAACGGCGGCAGUGGGAAUGGUGAUCAACCCUGCCGCCUCAGCUGCCACAACAACCAAGUGGAAUCCUGUACAUCUUGCCGCUUCCGGCUUGGCAGCCAAGCGUAUCCUGCCUAAUGGUACCACUGGCACGACUCCUCGCAAGUCACCCAAUCAGAUGCGCGUUCUCUGUGACAUCUGUAACAAGUGGAUUUGCAACAAGUAUUUCCUACGCACACAUAAAGCCAACAAGCACGGCAUUACGAACCAAACGGUGGUGAUAACACCGACUUCACAGGCCACAGGAAGUGCAGCUAAGGGAAUCGCCGUGGUGCCCCUGGACUUCAGUAAGCCUGGGAAAAUUCAACAACAGCAGCCACCAUCGGGGACGUCUGAAGGGACCUCAGAGUUCUUCCCCAUGGGAGUGGCAGGUGGAAAGGAGGAUGCUUCGGCAAUCCACCCACCCAUUAUGGCGUCAUGGUCAUUUACCAAUUCCAGUCCACAUUCCCCUCUCCCCAGGAGUCCGCACAUCCUAUCUGCAGCCAACGAAUCUGCCAAUCCACCUGGCAUUCAAGAUGUAAGCGCCUAUAUUAUCAAUAUUAUCUUCUCUGUCAAUGAAGAUAUGACGGUAGCCGCAUCCCUUCAGAAUGAGGCUAAGAGAGGUGGAGCUGGAAAGAAUGCAUCAAGACCAUGGCAAAAUGCGUGUCGGGUCUGCAGCGUCUGUUUUAACAAGCGCAGCCAACUGGGUGCGCACUGCUACGCCAACGGGCAUCCUCACGUUCUCCGAGUCGAUGUCCCGACACCUGUUAACAUCUUUCGCGCCUCCACAGGCAUCUACACCCUGCCAGCUGACUCCGCCCCGCAGAAUUCGAUGGCACAGAUUGCCAGUGAUUGCUCAAUGGACGAGACCGGUGGUUGGUGGGCGCGUCAGCAGAAGUGGCCAAUCAAUUUUGUGUCUGCUAAACUAACUUCCCACCAGUCGCCCUCAAGCAACUCUACCGCUCCCGAGCAGUUCUGUUCUUAUCAGGCCUCCCAUCACCUGAUCCAGCCCCCUCUCUUCAAUGAGACCACCACUACUCCCACCAUUUAG